AUGUACUUCAACACCGCCAAAGCUCUCGCCGUUCUUGCAUUCACUGGCACCAUCGCAUCAGCAGCAGCCGCACAACCAGACAACAUCGCCCGUCGCGGAGAUGAGAAAGACGUUGACUACAAGGAAUACAAGGGCGAUCACAAGAAGGGCGUCGAUUACGACUAUCACAAGGUAGAUGAGAAGAAUAAUGACAAGGAUGCUGACAAGAAGUGGGAUGAAAAAAACGAUAAGAAGGAUGACGAUAGGAAGGGUUUCUGGAAUUGGAUGUUCAACUGGAAGUCGGACAAGACGGAUGACAAGAACGAGAACAUGAAGCACGUUAUCAUGCAAGAUGACAAGAAUUACGAUGAUAAACACCAUUUCAAGCACGACGACAAGAUGUAUGGCGAUAUCAAACAUGACGACAAAAAUCACGACGCUAAGCACGAUGAGAAGAAGCACAGUAACAAUGACAAGAAGCACGAUAGCAUGAAACAAGACAAUUACGACGACGACAACAAGUACUAA